AUGCUUCUCCACGAAAAGCAAGACUCCUUCUCGCCGCUGAGGCAGAUCCUCGGCCACGUCUCCCAGCGUCGCUACCGCAACUACGCCGCCGUCGGCAUCGCCCUCGUGCUGCUCUCCAUGGUCUGGCUCAGCGGCAGCCUGACCCUUCACUCGAGCAGGCAAAAGUUCCACGACGACUACGUUAGCAACCGCGUGCCCGAAUGGACCAGCCGGGUCAGCAAGUCCAACGACAGCCACCUGAUUCCCGCCAAUAUCUGGCAGAUCGUCUUGCCCAAGACUCAGCCGUUCAAGGGCGACCCGAACCACGUUCACAUAGACGCCAGACAGCUCGAAUUUACCGCUUCCUGGCUGGCCACCAACCCAGACUGGCAAUACACUCUGGUUGGCCAGAAGGGUGGUAACGAGUUCGUCGAGAGCCACUUCAAAACCAACCCCAAGAUCAUCGACACCUACCACAACAUCAGCAACGUGGGCCAAAAGUCGGAUUUCCUGCGCUACCUGCUGCUCAGCGUCUACGGCGGCGUCUACACAGACACCGACACCCUCGCCCUCAAGCCCGUCGACGUCUGGGUCCCGGAAGCCUUCCGGGGUAAAGCCCGUCUCGUGGUGGGGAUCGAAUUCGAUCGCCGUGACGGCGGCCCCUGGGCCGACAUCCCCCACUGGCUCCAGUUCUGCCAGUGGACCAUUGCUGCUGCUCCGGGCCAUCCCGUCUUUACCAGGAUGGUGAACCGCGUGCUGAACUCUCUCGACGACUUGUCGGCUCUUCACGGCGUGCCCAUCAGCCAGCUCAAGCCCGAGAGCUUCGAGGUCAUGAACUCGACGGGGCCGGCGGCCUGGACCGACAUGGUCUUUGAGCAGCUGCAGGUGUACAACCCUCUUCUCAACGACACCCAGGAUCUGUCCUUUAUGGAGGAGCCCACCCUCAUCGGCGACAUUUUGAUCCUGCCCAUUGACGGCUUCGGCAUGGGCCAGGACCAUUCGAAAAGCACAAACGACGGUAGCAUUCCCCCGACGGCCAUGAUGAGGCACAUGUUUCAGGGAUCAUGGAGAGGAGAUUAA